AUGCACUCUUACUUUAUCAUUUUACAAUUAAUACCGCUGGUGGUGUGCCAGAACCCAUAUGGUCCUUCACAGUUGGAUUUAUACUUCAAAUUACUGCGAUCCCGAAAUCUCGGCGGAUUUGGCCUGCUGGAAAACGCGGCAACUCAAUUGGAAACGGCUGAAAAACAACAGUUAUUAUCCGGUUUACCUCCACUUCCGAUGACGCAUGAAGAAGUGAUUCAUGUAUUAACCACCGAAGCGCCAACAACCACAGCCCCACCAACUGCCAAACCGACCACAGCUCCACCACCAGCAAAUCCAUUCGUUGUUAAUAAUCAGCCGGAGUUUCCUCCUAUUCCAGAAGAACGACUCGGUGGCACUUUUGAUGAUGACGGAAACUUUAUUCAAACGAACAAAGUCACUCCAAAAACUAGGAGAAACGUGGCAAGAGGUGCAAGAAACUAUCGCCUAAGCGAUUCGACUUCUAAGAACUUGGGAUAUUCCCAGCAGUACGAUCCGCAACAAUCUCGGUACAUUCGGCAGCAUAACCAACCUCAACCAACACGGCAGACUUAUCCUCCACUGAUUUUCAGGGCAAAAUCGCAACCAAAAGAUCGCGAUCCGUACCUAAACAAUCUGCUGUUGGAAAUUGAAGAAUACGAUGAUUUCUUGGACCAAGUGCAACAGUACAAAUCAAGAUAUCCUGGUGCCCAAGUGCCAAAUCCAUACCGAAGCCUCCCAGAAGGAAAAUUGCCUGCUUUAAGCACUUAUAAGUCAUAA